AUGGCGCUCCGACUGCGAAAGGACGUCCAGAAGGCGUCCUACUACGUGUGGUUCCUGGGUGCGCAGGAAGCGAAAGCGUUGCGCGGUUCCCGCACGCUGCUCCCGAUGAUCCCGCGCAUGGUGGAGAAAUCGAAGGAACAGGAGCCGCUAAAGGUUACGCUGCAGGUUUCGCACAAGGGUCUCAAAAUCGUCCAGGGAUCGGCCAAGCACUUCAUUCCGCACGGCGCCAUCACGUGCUCGGUGCAGACGGAAGACGUCGUGGCCUGCACGCUGCUGCUGUACAACCCGGCCACCAAGUGCCCGCUGCACGUGCACGCCUACCGGUGCGACUCGGAACUAACGGCCCAGGCGCUGCACGACCAGCUCCAGAUACUGAUCAACCGACCGGAAAACCAGAAACGCUACACCGAGCUGGAGGCACGUCUCGGCUUAGCAACGCAGCUAACCGGAGGUCCGUGCGGUGGCCAGCCGGGCGCAGUAGCAGCAGCCUCACACCCGACCGCCAUCCCGGAGCACGCGGCGCGGAACCGGAUGCCACGCGGGCGGUUCGGCGGCUCGCCGGGACGCGGGCGCGGCCCCUACCCGGACUCGCACUCGCAGCACGGCAGCAGCGACACCGGCACCAGCACCCGCGAGUCCGAGUGCUCCGAGGAGCAGCAGCACUCCCCGACCAGCCCCGUCUCGCCGCUGAUCAGCCAGUCCAAGCUGUACGACUCGCUGGCGGCCGAGUUGCGCGAGAAGCUGAGCGGCGGCGUCCCGUUGCUCCUGCCGACGAAGGACUACGGUGGUGGUGCCACCGGUGACAAGAGCAGCCCAACCGGGCCCGAUGCAGCCAGCCGACGGAUUCGCAAUGGCGGCGGCUCGAUCACACCGUCCACCGGGCACAACAAGCACGGCGUCUCGUCGCGCGGCUCAUCCGGCAUCGGCUCCGACCUGGCGCCCAGCCCAGAACGCCACGAACCGCAGAGCUCCAGCGAAGACGAAUGGGUGAACGACCCGGAACCGGCCUUGCGUGGAUCCUCGCCCAAUCUGGCCGGUGGACGGCCGGCACUGGACGGCGGCCGGGGCUAUCGGGACGAUCCGCCAGCGACGCGCAUGAGCAAGUACCGGGAACCUCCGGCCGCGGCCUACCUGUACCCGAAUGUCCGCGAGGAACCGGUCCGCCCGCGGCACCAGCGUUCGUCGAGCCGCGAGGAAAAGCGCAGCCUGCAGGGGUCGGUCAACUCGCACGAGGAGGAAGUGCGACCGAUCAUCACCAACCACACGCCCCGCUACCGGAGUGCCUUCAAGGCUUCGGAGGAGUACCUCGAGGAGCGCCGCAAGAAGCUCCACGGCGACGGCGGCAAGAAGUACCACGACGAGCGGGCCGAUCACGGUGGCGCUGGACGGCGCAGUGGCCGCAGCUACCCGUGCGCAGACGAGCGGCCGGAUGAUGCGCCCGGUGCGGACAUGUUCGACUACCGGAAGCCACCAGCCGAUCGGUACUUCGAGGCCGAGUACGAACGGGACCGGGCGAACGCGUACCGUGAAAACCUGACCGAUCGGCAGAAGUACCGCGAGAUCGUUGGCAGCGAUGGGCCAACCAAGUACGUGCGUAACGGGUACGAACGCCGGGGUCCCUCGGUGAGCUACGAAGACUCGAGACCCGGCUACCGGGAGUACUCCCCGGAGCGCAUUCCGUCCUCGGCCCGUGGCACGUACACGGCGCAAGACCACGCGUUCGGUGAGCGGAAGGAUUUCAAGGUCGAGCGAACCGAACCGUACCAGCGGGGCGAGUCCCAGCCGCAUCACGGUGCGCCACCGGCCUCGAGAACUCGAGGCGAGGCCGCUCAUAAGUCGGAUCGGAGUGCCCGGUACUCCCGCGGCGAUCAGCACGAUGGUGGUGAAGGGCGAAGGGUGGCCUAUCGGGGGCCGCCGGAUGACACUCACGGUGGGCCGGCUGCUCAGGCGGCGGUCUACCGCGUACCGAUGGGCGAGGAUCACGAACGGUACCGAGAGGAGCCGCAGCCGUCGAGCAAGGGCCGAGUCGGGUACAAGAUGGCGGACAAGUACGAGGAACGCUGGCGUCAAGAAGCAUCCGCCAUGCAGGGUCCGGAGCGAUACGGAGCGUCCGGAGUGGAGCCGCAGUCGGUCGGCAGCGGUCGCCGCUAUCACCGGGACGACCCGAAACAGGCGCAACCAGCGAUGGAUGGGCCACGCAAGAAGAGUGUCGAGAUACGCACGAGCUCACCGGAAUCGACGAUGCACCGGAUCUCGCCGAAGGAUCGUUUCCAAACGGCGAAGGAAAAGUUUCAACAGAUGGAGCGCGACCGGCACGAACAGGAGGAACGGAUCGAGCAGGAGCGGCUGGAACGGGAACGGUUGCUGCACAGCAAGCGCACGGUCGAGCUUCACCACACCACCGUUGCACCGACCCGCCGAGGAUCGCUGGAACCGGUGGCGCACGCUAGCUCGCACGAAAGCACCGGCUGGAGCUCCGAGGAGGAUAUGCCCCGGCCAUCCAGGGGUCAUUCACGGUCCAACGGAAGCACGGGUGGUAAGCCGGGUGCUGGUGGCCUGCAGCAGUCGGCCGGGUAUCGCGAGCUGUCGCCCGCCGAACGCUACCCCGGCCUGGACCGGGAGCCGCCCAGCCACCGGAUGAUGCCGGCCAAGAGCCUCAGCAACCUGGUGAAGGGCUACCGGCACAGCUAUGCCGAGCCGAGAGCACCGCCCGUUUCCCGCAGCAGUGGACGCGUUGGGCUGGCUGCCGUAAACCCGUACUGAGGGCAGCAGGAUCAGGACCAUCUCAUCCGCCGGAUCGACGCGAAACGUGCGCGUUGUGAAAUAGAA